AUGUCAAUAUAUCUGCUCCUCAAUGGUCUAGUGGCUAGGAUCCGACGCUCUCACCGUCGUGGCCGGGGUUCAAUUCCCCGUUGGGGAAGGACCUUUGCUGUUCUUAAUUUUGGUGAACAAGUGUCGUUCCCGAUCUGGGUUGGUCUUCCUUUUACUAUAACAAAGUCAAAAGGUCAAACCCACUGGGGAUCAAGGAGUAUACUUACAAGUGCCAGAAAAGAAAUACCAGAUCGAGACUUGACAAAAGGAAGACCAACUCAGAUUGGAAAUGACAAAAGCGUCAAAAUGUAUAAAGCCCAACGGGGGGGUCGAACCCCCAACCUUGAGAUUAAGAGUCUCACGCUCUACCGAUUGAGCUAG